GGAGGACGGACUUCCGGCGGUGCCAUUUUGUGCUAGCCGGUGCUCGGUUAUGCUAUGUGGCCGUGAAUCCUGGAAUACAAGUCUGUGAAGAGUUCAAGUUGUCAUUUACCCAAAGGGCGAUGGAGAGGUGCAUGGUGGGCAUGAGUAUAGACUGUAAUCCAUGACCGACAAAGAGAUUCCCAGGAGAAACAGCGUAAAAGGAUGUCAUCAGGGAGCUGUACGGUGACGGAAGGAGGAGGGGUCCUGGUGUCCAGACCUGAUGUGGUCUCCACUCUGGUUUGAGGGGAAAUGCUUUAUGUCCAGCACAUACAGGGACCUGAGGAUGGAGAGUGCUAAUAAUGUAGGCCCUGCCCAGGUGUUCACCCUAUGUCCAGAUGGGGAAUGCAAGACCCUGGAAGAUGGCAGCCAUGCCCCCAGCAGCCAAGUCCCAGGUGCUAGUACUGAAUGCUGGGAGAACUCUGUGUUUUUGGCCCAAACCAUCGUCCCCCAGCUCCCUCUCUCAUUAGAAGGGUCUCCAGUUUCAAAACCUGACCUGGCCUCCCAGAUGGAUAGAGGUGAAAAGCUGUGCAUCCAGAACCUUCAGGGAAUGGAGGACAGAGAGGUCCUGAAAGGUGCUUAUCCAGACUAUGGUAUUGAGACUGAAAACAAGGAGGUUAUUCCAAAGCAGGAAAUUUCUGAAGAAGAUGAAUUCAAGGGCAUAUUGUGGGCAGGACUGCAAAGGACUGUUCCCCAGGAGCCUGAACUUGAAGAAGCCUGUGACUCCAAGGACAGUUUAGCGGAGCACAAGGGAAGGGUAGUGUUGAUGAGACUGAGACAGUCUCCCCCUUCCCAAGAGAGUGGUUUCAACCCCAUGCCCCUCUCCCAAGGGGGCGUCCCUAAAGAAGAGGGAGGACAUGAAUAUACCAAGUGUGAAAAAAGCUGUGAUUUGGGUUCAGCGCCUGUUAGAAGUUGUAUAGAAACUAUAGGAGAAGGAUCCCAGAGAUGUGAUUUAUAUGAUAAAAGCUUCGGACAGGAUUCAGAGCCUCUAACCCAUCAGAAUGUUAAUAAUGAAAAAAAACCCUAUGAAUGUAGUGAAUGUGAUAAAGCCUUUAGCCGGCGUUCAUACUUUAUUGAACAUCAAAGGAUUCAUAGUGGUGAGAAGCCAUAUGAUUGUAGUGAAUGUGGCAAAGCCUUCAGGUGGUAUUCAGAUGUUGUCUCACAUCAGAGAAUUCACCGUGGAGAGAAACCUUACCAGUGUAACGAUUGUGGCAAAGCCUUCAGGAAGAGCUCAGAUCUUAUCCAACAUCAGAGGGUUCAUAGUGGGGAGAAGCCCUAUGAAUGUAGUCAUUGUGGCAAAGUCUUUGGUCGAAGCUCCAGCCUUAUUCGGCAUCAAAGAAUUCAUAGUGGAGAGAAACCCUAUGAAUGUAAUGCUUGUGGGAAGGCCUUCAGAGAUAUCUCUACUUUUAUUAACCAUCAGAAAAUUCAUAGUGGAGAGAAACCCUAUGAAUGUGACGAAUGUGGCAAAGCCUUCAGUCGUAGCUCAAGCCUUAUUGAACAUCAGAGAAUUCAUAGUGGAGAGAAGCCCUAUGAAUGUAACGAGUGUGGCAAAGCCUUCAGGUGGUGCUCAGACCUGGUUCCACAUCUCAGAAUUCAUAGUGGGGAGAAACCUUUUGAAUGUAAUGAAUGUAAGAAAUCCUUUAGGAAGAGCUCAGAUCUUAUUCUGCAUCAGAGGAUUCAUAGUGGAGAGAAGCCCUAUGAAUGUAAUCAGUGUGGGAAGGCCUUCAGGAAGAGAUCUGAUCUAAUUCAGCAUCAUAGAAUUCAUAGUGGAGAGAAACCUUUUAAAUGUAAUGAAUGUGAGAAAGCUUUUAGGACACGGUCAGACCUUGUUCAGCAUCUGAGAAUUCAUAGUGAUGAGAAACCUUAUGAAUGUAAUGAGUGUGGGAAAGCCUUCAGGCAGAACUCAGACCUUAUUCAGCACCAGAGAAUUCAUAGUGGAGAAAAGCCCUAUGAAUGCAACAAAUGUGAGAAAGUCUUCUGUAGAAAUUCAAGCCUCAUUCGACAUCAGAGGACUCACAACAGAGAUUAAUUUUCAGGGUGUUACUAUCCCCUGCCCACGCCAGGGCCUUGGAGGACAGGACUUCAGUCUGCAUAACUGCCUUCUUGUAGCAGAUGAUAAAGGUUGUUUGCAUGACUGAUUGAUCAAUAUUACAGAGUGAGGGUGAACAAGAGUGUCGAAAGUUAAUGUUUACUUCGAGUUAUCCUUAGCUUUAUUAACUUUCCGAAUGGCCUCUCAGGUCAGGGACCGAAAUGGAAGAGGGUGCAUGGACACCCCAAGGAAUUUCCUCCACUCAUCACGUGUGCUGUCUGCUGCAUCCAAAGAGUAAAGAGGAGGGGGGGGGGGGGUCUUCCUUUUAGGCCAUGGCCUGUUCCUUAAUCCUUGUCAGCACCUCUCUUCCAUAAUGAUGUUUUUUUUUUACAAUUUGGCACAUUUACAAUACUGUCCAUAGCCAUCUAUUUAGACCACAUGAAUCUGUUUUUAUCAAAGUAUAAGGAGCACUGGUCUGCCAGCCAUGUGGAGGCAAGAGCCUGUGGAGUUCAGAGUCCAACCUCAAAGACCAUUUCCUGCUCCCCAUAGAAGCAGAACUAAUUUUCAUAGAUCCCCCAAUCCUGGAGGGAAAUUAGAGCAUUCUUUGGAACACCCUCCAUCCCAACACAUAGACAUGUAAACCUUCUGAUGGAAAUAACCCUACAGUCAACUAAGUAACCCCCUCUGUUCCCCACAUCCAGAACUCUUUUCUAGGCAUCCAGCCCGGCUUAAUUUUUUGCUUUACCCUUAUCUUGGCUCCUGACAUUUGCAUUAAAUGAAAUUUUGCAUAGGAUGGUGCUUAUCCAUAGAGAAGGUGGUGGUGGUGAUGGGGACACACAAUCUAGGGAGUUCUCACUGGGGAGAAGGAAGUGGGGAAGCUGGGGCUAAGGAUGGGGAGAGCCCACUGAGGGGGGGUAGAGAGGAUGAGCAGAGCACAGUAGGGGGUAAGGAAGAGUGUCCGCAGCCAGCCUCCUGGGCCUGGAAUGGGAAGCCUUCCCUUAGGGAGCUUUGCUUGCACUUCUCCUUUGCGCUCGUUUCACUCCCCCUUGUAUGAUUUGUGUGGCAUUUGUGUCCUUAUUAAUAUUGUAAACUCCUUGAGAGUAGGGUCCGGAUCAUGUAUCUUUGUAUUCCUGGUGCCAAGCACAGGGCCUUGCAUAUAGUAGGUGCUUAAUUAAUGUUGGUUGAUUUAUUAAUAAAGGCAAGACUACUGUUAAGUAUGGGAUAGAAUCAUGGAAUUUUAAAGCUGGAAGGGACCUUAGAGAUGACUUAAUCACUUUAUUUUACAGAGGUCAAAAUGAGGUGCAGGGUGUCCAAGCCUCAGGCUCCUGACUGAGCAGUGCCCAUUAAUAAAAAGAACAACUGGUCCUGGAGUCAGGAAGAACCUGAAAAACCCUGCCCCUGCCACCUGCUAGUUUGACUAUGGACAAGUCACUUAAUCUCUGAGUCUCUGUCUUUAUCUGCAACGUGGUGGCAAUACCUAUGGUAUUCACUGUUUUUUUUUUUUUAAGGCUCAAAAAAAAAAUUAGAUCAUGUAUUUAAAGCACUUGGAAAAGAGCUGUUAUCACUGGGACUCAGGUGGCCUGGGACCCCUGUUCAGUAAUUGACUUAACCUGAGGCCUUGAGCAAGUCACACCCCUACCCCCAUUAGUUUUGCCCUCUAUAAAAUGAAGACUCUGGACUUGAUCUCAAAUUUAGCUUUAAGCUCUACAAGCUUAAUUAGAGGGAAUUCUGAUGCCCCAUGUGGAGCCUGGUCUGCCCAGGUACAUAAGAAAAGGCCGCAUGAUGCCGGAAGGGCAGGUAGAACCAGCUGGAUCUGGAAGGGGGUGUUGUGGAAUGAACCUUCCACAGAGAGUCACCAUACCUGUGUUCAAGUGUGGCCUAAGCCACUUACUAGCUUGUGUGAAAAUAUCUUUGCCUCUCUGAGCCUCAGUUUCCUCAUCUGAGGAUAACACUUUUACU